GUGAUUGAUGACUGCAUUGGUAACUGGUGGAGACCGAACUUUGAACCGCCGCAGUAUCCCUAUAUCCCAGCUCAUAUUACCAAACCAAAAGAGCACAAAAAGCUUUUCUUGGUCCAGCUUCAAGAAAAGGCUCUGUUUGCAGUCCCAAAAAAUUACAAGCUGGUCGCUGCACCGUUGUUUGAGCUCUAUGACAAUGCACCAGGAUAUGGACCCAUUAUUUCUAGCCUUCCUCAGCUUUUAAGCAGGUUCAACUUUAUUUACAACUGAAUUCCGUGUACCUGAGGAGUCUGAUAGAAGAAGCCGUCUCUGUGAGCACAGCUUUAAAAUGUAGAGAAAAGAAUACGUGUGACGCAAGGAUAUUUUUAAUGUCAUUCUUUUCCCGAAGGCCGCUAAACUUUCUAUUGUAUGAAUAGAGAAGUGAAUCAACUGUUUAGGUAGUGGGAUGGCAAUGUGAUAUCAGUGUUUUAAUCACUUUUCACUGUAAUACUCAUCAGGUUUUUUUUUUGUACAACAUUAAACAAAAUGGUUAAGAUUC